UCGGCUGCUCAUCGCAAGCGGGAGUAGGAGCUGCAGUCGCCCGUGGGCAGGGAGCGCUCUGCCGCCGCUAUGUCCCACUCGGUGGUCCUGCGUGGUCCCUCGCCGUGGGGUUUUCGCUUGGUGGGCGGUAAAGACUUCAGCGCUCCGCUGACCAUCUCCAGGAUUAACCCUGGCAGUAAAGCCGCCAUGGCAAACCUGUGCCCAGGAGAUAUCAUUCUGGCAAUUAAUGGGGAGAGCACGGAGAACAUGACACAUCUAGAAGCACAAAACAAGAUCAAAGCAUGCGUGGACCAGCUGCUGCUCUCUGUGAACAGAGCUGAAGGGAAAACCUGGUCACCCCCUGUUCUGGAAGAUGGCAAGGCUCAAGCGUACCGGAUCAACAUAGAGCCAGAACCACAGGACAAUGGACCAGCCCAGAGCAGGAGGACGAUGCCCCAUGUGGCUGGUGGCAGCGCCAUGGACAACAAGCAGAUGCUGAAUGUGCAGCACCACCACCCGAACCGGCUCUAUGCCAACAGCAGCUCCGAGUCGGCUCUGCCAGGCCAGCUGAGUGGCCUCCACAUAGCUCCUGCCCACAGCAUCGACCCCAUGAAGUCUCUCCCACGGAACAGAAAUGGGAUUGAUGUGGAGUCGGAUGUCUACAAGAUGCUUCAGGAUUAUGAAAAGCCCAUUUCGGAGCCUAAGCAGUCUGGAUCCUUCCGGUACUUGCAGGGCAUGUUGGAAGCUGGUGAGAACGCCCCUUCCAUGGUCCCACACCCGCCAAGCUGCUGUUGAGGGCUUCACCUCCUUCUCCUUCCUUUGCUGAGAUCCAGAAGCUUGAAGAGCCUCUGAAGGACCCGUCUACAAGAGCUGGUGGGGAGGGUUUGCAACCUCCUCUGCUUCACCAUUUUACCACACAUCGCUUUGGUACCAAGGCAGCCCAGCUCAACACGGGAGGGUCUGAGCACCCUGUGAGGGUCCUGGAUCCCCCUAUCUGGGUGGCAGGUUUCAAACCAGGGUUUUGGAUACUCAGCAUCUGGGGGCUUACCAGGUUUUGUGGUUGACUUUAGCAUCGUGUGAAAGUUGGGUUUCCAAACGGCUUCUGCGUGGCAGCUUUGUUCCCAGGAUUGCUUAUGAAAUGCAAUGGCCUGAAGCGGUUGUGUAAGAUCACCAGUGGAGAACCCAGCAGCCUGUCUGAGUAAAUGGCAUUUGCAUAAGGACGUGGGAUGGUCCUCAGCAAUGCAGGGAUAGAGAUCAGGAGCUCCUGGCUCACAUCUCGCGUCUGUCACAGCUUCCUGCCUGCGUCGUUAACACAAGCAGGAGCCAACUCCAAGCAUUAAAUAAGAUCCCCAAACUAUACAUUUCAGCUUCUUUUUAUUUGCCUUUCAACCUUAAGUCCACUGAGGCUUUUAUGUUCAAACUCUCAGGCUUUGCUUUACAACCAUUAGGGCAAGACUCUUCUUUCCGCUUCCUUCCAAGAGCCUCGUACUCCGAUCAUGUGAAUCCAGGAACUUAGAUUUUAUGGGAAAACACCAACUACUGGAAAUCUCAUUAUAAAGCUGCAAGAGGUAGCAAGUCAGACUGUUGCACUUCAGUUUCUGUGUAUAUAAAAUGAUGGAGAACCCUGUUCUUUGACUAGAAGGAUAUUGCUGCUUGUUUCACAAGAAGCACGGUUGCAGGUAACUUCUGAGCAUCAAGAGGUUCUGCCAGUUCCAGUUUCCUCAGUGGUACUGAGGCAUGUCUGCAAAGCAUGAGAUAAGAUCAGCCUUGGAAGUACUGGAUGUAAAUACUGCAGCCCCUCCUAGGCUGGCAGGAAAACCGGUGUUAAUUACAGGCUCCAGUUGUACCUUCAAGUCCUUCACUGAGAGCAAGCACGAGCAGCUUCCCAUGCAGUGUCUGCUGUACCCCCGUGUCUCCUCAUUAGGAGGAAUAAAUAGGACAUGACUGUGUUAAUCCCAAUUAAUAAUGCUGUGAGACAUGGGCACAGGUUGCCCAGAGAAGCUGUGGCUGCCCCAUCCCUGGCAGUGUUCAAGGCCAGGUUGGACACAGGGGCUUGGAGCAACCUGCUCUAGUGGAAGGUGUCCCUGCCCAUGGCAGGGGGUUGGAAUUGGAGGAGCUUUAAGGUCCCUUCCAACACAAACCAUUCUAUGGUUCUAUGAUCCCUCCCUUCUCUGUGCCAGGGAAAGGGAACAAAAUUGGAGCUUUGCUGUUUUGCUCCUUCGUCCCCUCGCAUCCUGCAGCCUUGCAACCCAGCGCUGCCCUUUGGGAGGACAGGAGAAGGAAAAGGCUGUGAGCAGGGGAGGACAGAGAGGUGCUGGGACAAUGCCUGGACCCUGGGUCUGCCCCAGCCAGUCCUGGUGCCUGCUCAUCCUGGCAGUUCCUUGGCACCAGCACAUCCCUAGUGCAGCAUUACUGGGUUGGAGCCCAGGAUGCUGCUGAUGGGCAUGAGCCAGCGUGGUGACAGGCCGGAGGGGUCCCCUCCUGGGGCUCUGCCACCCCCUUCCCUCUUGGCUGUGCUGGCAGUGGGGACGUGCGGCUGCAGGCACAGCCUGGCUCAUGCCCUGGUCGUUACACACUGUUUGUUUCAUAAGGGAUGAGAAAUUAAGUGAAAAGCCUCUCUCCUGGCAUAAAGCUCUGUGAUAUUUCAGCACAGCUUAAAUCCCCGGGAGUGUUCCUGCUCUGUUGUUUUACAGCUCCCACCCCUCCUCCUUUUUCCUUAAGCCUAAAAUUAUACAUUUUGAGUGGAGUCUGCUUUGUGUUGUCCUUUUAAAGUCAAGAUCUCCUCUCCUGAGGAGCUGGGUGUCUCAGACAACAACCUGAUUUAUACGGAAGGUGUUUCUACUGGAAGCCACAGUUUCUUCAGCAUCACCAGCCCCAUCCCACGCCCUUAAAGAGCGACGCUUCGUGCUGAGGAUUCGGGGGAGGCUGGAGGAAUCACAGCAGUUGUCUCUAUAGGUGCCCUUGGUGUGGGAAGGAUGAGGACUGCAGCCACAAACAGGGGUGGCGAUGGUUCAGAUUGUGGAGUUAAAGCAUCUCGCUGCCGUGCUGAGGACCAUAAAUUAUUGUGAGGCUGUGGGCUGGUAAAUAAAAGGAAAUGAUCCAUCGU